AUGGAGGGAGGAGAGGUGGUUUCGUCGACCGAGGUCGGUGGCGGGCGGAUGAACGAGGCGGGGGUGGACGCGGAGGCGACGCGCGAGGACGACGCGGGCGUCGUCGGGACGCCGAACGCGCGAGGGACGGUGAUUCGACCGCCUCCGGGACCGGUGGCGAUUGAACCGGAAGUUGAGAGCGUGGUGAUUACGGAUGCUCGGGAAAUGGAGGAUUUUGAGCUGUUGGAUCCGCCGGUGAGCGCGGAUACGAAUCACGAGCACGCGACGGCGGAUUCGGCGCGUCCUGGAUGGAUGAAGACGAUGUGGAAGGCACGCGUGGACGCGCUCAGUGAUGAGGAAAGAAAUGAGCUGAAUACGAAGAUGGAGACCGUUCCCGAAGAGCUGAAAGCUAUCGGGAUCGAGGCAGGUGACGAGUUGUUUGUGACGUUUGGGACGGCGAGCGUGCAGGAUUUCGUCUUCAACUGGGUCGCAGCGGCGAAAAAGUUGAAUCUUAAGCCGAUAUUCGUCGGUGCGCUGGACGAAGAGAUGCACGAGUUGUGUAAAAGAGCGAGCGUUCCGUCAAUGCUUCUCACUGGACGGUCGGUGUUGCUGGACAGAGAUGCGAAAUUCAUCACGGGCAGGAGCAAAGCGUUUAAGAAAAUGGGCACCGUGAAAACAAAGUUCGUUCAAGACUUGCUUGAUCUCGGGAUCGCGCCCAUUCUUAGCGACGCCGACGUGGUUUGGAUGCGCGACCCCAGAGAGGUGUUCAACAAUGGCACGUUCAAGUACGCGGAUAUCUUGAUAUCGAGCGACUGCAUCGACACCGUGGGGGAUCGCAAGGAUGACAAGAGCUGUCUCCACGUGAACUUUAACACGGGCGUGUUGUACAUCCGUCCCACGACACGCGCGAAGGAGUUCGUGGAAAAGUGGAAGCAUAAAGUAGCGACGAGCGAAAUCGCGUGGAUGCGGGACCAGCCAGCGCUGAACUUGCUCGUUCGAGACGGUCAUCCGCCGCUGGAAGUUGCGGUGAGGGUUCCGGCUGACAAGCGUGGACUUCCGGGAUAUCGCUCGCUCUUGUUCGCGGCGAACAACACGAUCCGACUCGGCGUCUUACCUGUCGCACAGUUCUCCAACGGGCACACGUUUUUCGUGCAAGAACAUCACGUGCAUCACCCAGAGGAUGGCGAACCGUACUCGGUGCACAUGACGUACCAGUACGGAGACACUCACGACUACGCGUACGGCAAGCGCCAGCGCCUUCGACAGCACGGAUUGUGGUACCUCGACGACGACGGUGACCACUGGAGUGAUGGGAAGUAUUUGACGAUAUCAACCAGCGGAUCAUGGAAGAAAUUUGAGGGCAAAAGCACGAUUGGUGUGGACGCAGAGGCGUACGCCACGGCGAUAUCACGUCACUUUGAAGAGGACUCGGUGCGACGAGUCACCGUGCGCAACGGACUGGCUCUCGCCAAGGCGUUGAAUCGAACGCUCGUGCUCCCACCGGCGCGUUGCUACUGCGAUAAGAUUUGGAACACGCUCGCGGGCUGUCGCGCGCUCGGCGCCGAGACAGCGCAUUUGCCGUUCUCCUGUCCCAUGGAUCACAUCUACAAUCUUGAGGGAUUUUUGAAACUCGGCAUCGAGUUUCGCGAAGCGGGAUUCCUCGAAGACGAGCGGCUGAGCAAAAUUAUUCGCGAAGAUGUCGUGCACGUGAAAGUUGGCGAAGACGCUCACGAAAAUUCGGCCGAUGUCGUGAUUCCUCGUGGAUUCACCACGAACGACGCCCUCAAAGCCUUAAAGCCCGUCUCGAAGCACGCCGUCAUCAUGUUCGACAAACUUGACGAUGGGUCGCUGUGUGGUUUUGGCAGCGACCAAGAGGACCGAGAUUUCGACGAGGCAGUAGAGCAUGCUCUCAUUCAUGAUCAGUACUUUUGCUUCCGCGAGGCGCACAUCAAGCAGGGCAAGCCGAGGAGCGGUAGCGGCAACGACGGUAAGCCAUGGGAGCCGAGAGUUGUGGAACGGCACUGCGGCGUCACCGAAGGCGAACAGCGCGGAAAAGCAAAUCGCGGAGUUGUGAGUGAGAUAAUGAAGGAUCCGAUCGAGUGUUCGUGCGAGUGGGGCUACAAGAAGCCAACGCGUCUCUCACAAACGGAGUGCAAAAUUUAA